CAAUUACAAUAUAAAAUUUUAACUUCGAAGUUUCUAAAAAAUAAUUAUAAUCACGUUUAAUUUAAUAAAAUAUUUUAAUUAACAAAACCGAAAAUGAAGAUUACCAUAAAAUGUUUAAAUGGAGGAAGUACUUUAGUAGAUGUGAGUGAAACUAGUACUGUGGCAGAACUGAAAAAAACAGUGGAGAAAGAUCUAAAGAUUCCAGUGUUUCAACAAACAAUAAUUUUGCAUGGUAAAUGCUUGCAAGAUGAUAAAUGUUUAAGUGAAUAUCCUAAAAUAAAAGAAGGAACCAAACUUUAUGUAGCAAUAAAGAAACCAGAAGCAUUCAACACUAUUUUACAUACCUUCUUAAAAAAAUACUAUUCAGAUGAACAGUGCAAAGUUAUAGUAGAUGAAUUUAUGAGAAAUUUUCAUUCCAAGGUUGAGAGCCUUAGUUUAGACGACUUGGAAAGGAUAGCAAAAUCAGAACUUGACAAUUUGGAGACAUAGACUUGAUUUGACUGUAUUAAUCCUAUUUAUAUAUCUUAUAUACCUACCCUCUUGUGGAAGAAAGAACAAUAUUGACUUUUAGGUUUUAAAUCUAGUGAACAAAAUGGUAUGGUGACUUUGGAAACAAAGAUAUUACAUUUGUCCAACUAAACCUGUUUAAUUAGAACUAAUCAUCAGGGGUCUAAUAUCAAACAUGAUAAAAUCCUAUUUUGAGAUAUUAAUAAAUAAAAUACAUAUUUUACUGCAACAAUACUCUAUCUAUUCAUUGUGUAUAUAAUUUCAUGAUCAUUAUCCAGAAUGUAGGUUUUCUCCCAGAUUUUUAAAUGGUGAAUCAUCUAUAAAGAGCUUAUUAUAUUUUCUGUCUAAGUUUGAUCUGUUUGUUAGUAAUUUCAACAAAACUUAUAUUAAAAGGCUGGUAUUUUUAAAUUUAAAAUAAACUCUUUUGUUCUUGUAGAUUAUUUUAAAGACUAAUAGUGAAAUAGGCAGAUGUUAUUCACUUCAGUUUGGUAAAAAGGUAAGAAAUGGUCAUACCUACAUGUGGUUUGCUGUGUUUGAUAUUAGACUGCUUAUGUACUGAUUUAUAUUUAUAGAUUUUUUUCUUAAAAUGUGAUGGUAAUAAAUUAUCAUUUAUUGUCAAAUGCAAUGUAUUUUGAUAUUUGCUUUUUAUAUUAAGAGCGGAGCUGCAAAAUUUCCGGCCAAUGCUUUUUAAAUGCAUUCAUUUUUUUCAAAUCCUGAGAAAACUAACAAAUAUUUUUGAAAAAUUUAAAUGCAGAAUGAAAGACUGCAUUUUUACUGAGGGCCGAAAGUCCCUUAGAAUAAACAAAAAACUUUUUUUGAAUGAGAUUUGAAAUUAAAAAUCACACUAAAUUUUCUCUUCUUUUUCACCCCUGUAACUUAUUAAAAUAAACAUUAUAGAAGUUUUCAGGGACUUUAGGCCCUCAGUAAUAAUGUAUUCUUUCAUUCUGCGUUUAAAUUUUUCAAUAAUACUUAUUAGUUUUCUCAGGAUUCGAAAAAAAAAACAAAUAGGUAGAUUUAAAAAGCAUUGGCCCGAAAUUUUGUGCCUAUGCUCUUAACCAUAUCAUUAGUUAUAUUAUUAUUUGAUACAAUUUGCAAAAAUUGAUUAAAAUGUUGUACUUCAUCUAAGAUACAGAAGAUUCAUUAGAACCAAUGUAUACCUAAAUGUAAUUUUCAUAAGUUGCUCUCCCUUUUGGAGUUUACAAAUGUAAAUUUGAUCAUUUUCUUAAUUAUCUGUAAAUUCAUGACAAAAAGAGACCCUUUAUCAUUCAGUUUAUGUAAAUUGUAUUUGUGACAACAAAUUGUAUUUCACCUGAUAAUAGAUUACCAUUAAAGAUCAUUACUAAAGUUAUAAAAAUCAACAUUUUAUUGAUAAUAACAAAUGUUUAUAAAACAAAACUGCCAUCACUUAAUAUAAAAGCGUUAAAAUUUAUUGUGAAACUGAUUUUCAUUUUACUUAUUGGGGACAAAGAGUAAUGUUUGAAUAAAAUGUAUUUUUAUGUUAAA